AUGCUCAAACUGGGACACCCAAAGUCGGGAGGUGAGAACAAUAUUCCAGCCAGUGCCAUGAGCAGGAGGAACACAUACGUCUGCACUGACAGGACUCCCAAUGACAGGCAGUCACUCCUUCAGAAUGGGAAGGAGAACAGCUCAGCGAUGACCCGCGCCACUCCGGCCUCGCCCUCCACCCACAGUAUCGCCGCCUCCACAGACCGUACCCGCUUCCCGAGGGGCACUUCGAGCCGCAGCACCUUCCACGGGGGGCAGCUGAGGGACCGGAGGGGGGUGGCACAGAACGGCGGCUCCCCCACCUCGCCAACCCUCUCCCCCGACGCCACGCCUUUGCCCCAGACCCGAAGUCGAGCCUCGUCCAACCUCUUCUCCAAACUCACCUCAAAGUUGACCAGAAGGGUCGCAGACGAACCUGAGAGAAACUGGAGAUCUGAGGUCACAAGUUGCAAUGUAUCUUGGAAUCAAAAAGAAACAAAACCCAGGUCGAUCAGACUUACCUGGAAUAUAAAGAUCACCAGCUCGCGGGACCCGGGCGAGAUGAUCGAUGUUAUCUGUAAGGUCCUCGCGAAGAACGGCUGUGUCUACCAGCAACAUGAACCUUUCCUCUUGGCUUGUACCCACGGCCGUGAGGCCACCGAAAACUUUGUCCAGUGGGAGAUUGAGGUGUGCCGGCUACCCAAUCUCUCAGUCAACGGAGUGCGCUUCAAGAGGACGUCGGGAACAUUUUUGUCCUUCAGGAACAUUGUGACCAAAAUCACCAGUGAAUUAAACUGUGCCCCUCCCUGA